UGGAUCCCCGUAGCUCAGUUGAAUUUUGGCGCCCGCGUCUAACAGUUUGGGGCUCGGGAAACCCAAAAGCAUUCGUAGAGUCCAAGGAAAAUGCUGUGUGGAAACGCGUGGAUUUAUUUUUAGCCUUCGUGCCGAUUUUAAAUGUUCGAACGCUCCAUAUAAAACGCAAAUCAGCAGCAAAUAGAUCGCAGAUCGGGAAGAGCACUGCCAAAUUAAUUGCCAAUGCGAGGAGCCUGCCAAUAAACAUUCAGCCAGUUCAUAAGUUAAGAUCGAUGGGCCAUCAUCGUCCAGUUCCCAAGGUAUCCAUUAUAUAAUCAUGGAAAUGGAUUGACGGUCGGGCCAUCCAGAGAUAGAGAGAGAUAAAAAGCGGCAGAGACGGAAAUCAAAUUAGAAAAACCAAAACCGAACAGAAAUGCCCAGCAAAUUUCAAAGAAGAAGCUCCCCACAAGCGCCCGGCGGCGUGGGGGUUGGAGCAUCGAGCGUCUCCUCAACGCCGAGCAACCAGCCCCGGAAGCGCGUGAAGCGCUGUUGCCGCAACUUCGUCACCUUCAUGUGCACGCAGGUGGGCGUGGGCGCCCUGAUCGUGCUCUACGCCAUCUGCGGGGCGUUCGCCUUCAUGAACAUCGAGCGGGAGUACGUGGACAAGACGGCGGCCCAUGUGCUGGAGCUGCGACAGAACUGCUCGCAGCUGCUGUGGUACAUAACCGAGGAGCACAACCUGAUCGACAAGCGGAUGUGGGUCAACGAGACGAACGCGGUGCUGCGGGAGUACCAGGCCCAGAUAGCGGGCAUCAUCAAGAACGGCUACGUGGGCCGCAGUCCCGAGCAGAUCUGGAGCUUCCCGGCGGCCCUGAUGUUCUGCUUGUCGGUGAUCACAAUGAUUGGCUACGGCAACAUGGUGCCGCGCACCCCCUGGGGCAAGGGCUUCACCGUAAUCUACGCCACCUUCGGCAUACCUCUCUACAUUCUGUACUUCCUCAACAUGGGCCGCGUCCUGGCGCGCUCCUUCAAGUUUCUGUAUCGCUCCAUGCACGACUGUACACAGGAGCGCAACUUCGAUUCCCGACUGGAUGCCCUGGAGAACGGCAGCCUGGGCGCUCUGACGCUGCGCAAGAAGAUCAUCGUCCCCUCCACCGCCUGCCUGUGGGUGAUCAUCUUCUAUGUACUGACUGGGACCAUUAUGUUCGCCAACUGGGAGAAGUGGAGCUUUCUGAACAGCUUCUACUUCUGCAUGACGUCGCUGUGCAAAAUUGGCUUUGGGGACUUUGUGCCUGGGGCUUCGCUGACCACCGCCGCCGAUGUGGAUGCGGCCACGCAUAAGUUGCAGGAGGACAUCGCCGCCGAUCCCAACGAGCUCUCGGAGCUGCAGUCCAUAGCCGAUCAGCACUCGAAGCUGGCCAUCAACUUCGUCUACAUGCUGCUCGGCAUGGGCCUAGUGGCCAUGUGUCGCAACCUGAUGCGCGAGGAGGUUCACGUGAAGCUCAAGGAGAUGAAGGAGGACGCCAAGCUGUGUGUCGAGGACACGCGUCUGCGUUUCGUGGGCUGCUGUGGCGAUCCGCGUGAUGUCUACGAGAAUGAUUACUACUAGGCCGGAAUGGCCAGAGUGUAUGGUGUGUGUGUGUGUGUGUGUGUGUGGUGUGUGUAUGAGAGUGUUGUUGGUAGGAAGGAUCGGAUGAAUGUCAAAUAGUAUGUCGCCUAAUCCCCCAUAUAUGGUUUGCCCUGCC